AUGCGUGUAUAUCGCGAAUUGAUUACAACGUAAGUAUAUUUAGAAAAAAAAAAAAAUGUUUUCCUUACAUAUAUGCGAAACCUCGUCUUUAAUAAACAAGCAGGCGGCAGGUGUGUGCGUUUUAAUGUUUUGUAAUGCUGCACAUUUUGGGAUUUUGUAGUGCACACAAAAUGGCCACUGAUAUUUUUUUGGAAUCGAGGACAAAUGACAAGGACAGCGUAACCGUUUAGAAAUACAAGUAGGUAUUAUAAAUUAUUGUUCUGAAAGACAAUUGGGAAAAAAAAGUAUUCGUAUUUAUAAAUAUUUACGGAUAGUCGGUCACUACAUCGAUUUAAUUAGAUGCCAUGCACUCGUAGGCCGGGUUACAUAAACGGUACAUAAAAACAGUCGGAUAACCUAUGAUAUUAAUUAUCAUGAAGCAAAUUAUAUAAAUCAAUUAAUUUUCGUGUUAUUAAAUAAACAUUUUUAAUGAAGUAUUUAACGUACAGCAAAAUGAGCACGACAUCAAAAAGUGGUGAACACAUUAUAUAUUGUGUUAUCAGUUCAAUAAAGUGAUGGAACUGUUUAUAAUUUUUACUAAAAUCUGGCCUUAAAAUUAUCGAUCCGAUAAAAGUUCGUUUGUCGACAGAAAUCGAUAAAAGAUAAAAGCCGUUUCUGCAACAGCCAAUCACUUAAUCGAACCGAUCAGUUCGAUGAUCAGUUGUAGGUCUUUCAUGCCACCCGACAUUGGAUUGUAUUAGAUACGCUAGUACGCAGGUAAACAACUAGGUAACUCCAGUUUUAAUAAAAAUGUCUACAAAAUUCAUAGAUAGGUGGAAAAUCCCAGUUAUACGAAGCAAACUGCAUAGAUAAUAAAUAAAUGGAUAGGACGAGCCUAUACUGGAUCCAUAGAGAUCCAUAAUACGACUGGAUCCGUCGUAAUGAUCACGUUAUUUUUUUUUUUUGAGGGGAAGUGAUAGACGGCCUUUAUUAUCUGUAAAUCUUCCCACUGCUUUUUCUUCCGAACGCCCUAACGGUAACACUGUUUUUUCCCAACUUGUAGCUCCAUCUCCUUUACUCAAUGUUGACCGACGUUUUCCCCCAUUACGCGCACCUCAUACUCCAUGUUUAUAUAGUUUAUAUACAGUCGAACAACACGUGAAUCGCAUCCAAUAAUAAUGACAAUUAUAAAGUAUUCCUUGUGUUUUUUUUUUCCUGCACAGGUGGUUCAUCGAAAUACAUCUAGAACAAUAAUACCUAUCGAUUUCGUAACCGUUGACGGAAAAAUAAAAAAUCAAAACAAAAGAAACGAUGAUUAAAAUAUAGUAUGACGUGUACUCGGUCACUGUACACGCGAUAUUACUGUAUAAUUCAUACGUGAACGUUUUCGCGUUCCGUCACUUGUAAUGGGGGAAAAAAAAGUACGCGAUUCGAACAAAUUCUAAUUGUCUGUUCUAAUUCUAGUUCGAAAAACCUAAACGAAAACAGUAAAAAAAAAAUGGCAAAAUCAAUAAAUGUCCGAACGGAUAGUACCCGGAAUAUUCAUUUUAGCCUCCGAAUCCUCCCUCCCCCCCUUUUUAUUUUUAGGAUAUUCAUUAUGAAUUUAAUAUCUGUGAAAACUGAAAAUAUUAUUUACAACUAUAUGUGCAAACAUAAUAUUACAUAGCCGUGCUCGUACAGCCGUACGGGCAACCGUGAUCAGUGUGAUUUUCGAGGUCACGUCCGCGCGACACGUCAAACAAAAAUAACAACACGGAAAUUUACCGGAGAAUCACCGGCCGGAUCCAGUUUAUAUGUUUCUUUCGAAUGUUUUCUUUUUUUUCGUUCCGAGGUCCCGAUGACGUCAGCACAUGGCGGGCCCCUUUCGUUCCGAUUUUCCCCGCUGCCACCGCCCGGUUUGUCGGUAAACAAAACAAACGGCCGCCCGACAGGGCACCUCUAGUAGAGUGGUGGUGGGAGACGAACGGCACGACGUCGUCGACGCCACACCGCCGUGCUGUUGUUCGCCUAUUGUGUUGUCCGAUUCGUGCGCUUGGCAUAGUGCAGUUAUAGCUCUUUAGUUUCGCAGUCGCUCGCCGCCGCGUUCUGUCGUCUGUACGUUCGCGUUUUCGUCCAGGGUAUUGUCUGCCGCCAAUUCAUCGGUUCGUAAAAAACAACGACACCCACGCACGGUAAGUGACAGUUUUUCCACGAUGCCGCCGGACACUGUCCCGCGCUUUUAUCAUUUCCGCGUACACUGUAGAGCGUAGAUUAACACCGUCCCGAAAGCACUAGUCCAGGUCCAUACGUGUGUGUGUAAUAAAUGAGCUUUCGCGGUAAAGCUAUCCACAGCGCAGUCGCUCCCGUUGUACACUCCCCCCCCCCGUAACGAUAUUUCGUUUCUCGUACGCCCCGCGUUGUUUGUUCCGGAAAGAUACCUGCGUGAUAAUUAUAUUACCGGCACGCUACAGGUAAGCGCAACCGGUGUGUUCGGACGGUCUCCCGUAGGAUUUCCCGGGUAGAUUUCUGUGUGGGCGGCCGGGCAAUGUUCCGGCGAAAUAAUGUUGAAAUAUCGCCGCCGAGUGCGCGGUUCAUCAUACUUUGCGGGUUUUCGGGGGAAUCGCGGACGUUUUUGAUUAUUUUGCCAUGUUGUGCCGUGCCGGGUAGUGAGUUGGCCAGAUAUGGAGUACUUAUUACAGAUCGGGGUAUCCGCGGUUUGAAUAACGCGUGCGAUUUCUAUUCGGCGACUUUCUAAUGUAUAGCGCAGGUAAUACGUGCGUUUCGAGUCGUCCGUUUUCUAUGUAAUUAUCGCACGGUUAUAAAUGGUUUUACGACGGUCACACGGUCCGCAUCGCCGUAUUGUUUUCGGCGUUUCGGCUCGCCCUUUCUCGGAACGUAGGCAUCUGUGGCCAAAUCUUUUACUCGGCCACGGGUACCGUGUACCUAACGAGCGAAAUGAUCGGUUUCUCGUGUUGAGAAGGAAACGCGCAUCGCGGUCCGAGUACGACACCGAGAAAUGCGCACUAAUCCGGUUCGUGGGGUCUUCGAGAAGCGGUUGCAUCCAAACGCGAUUCGUUUGAUAUUCAGACGCGGUGGUUGCGUGCUCGAUAUUUGUUCGUUUGCUUUUCGUAUAUGUCGGUCGAUUGCCGGACGGCUGUUGAACACGUAAAGUGAAUUAAGAAAAAAAAAAAAACCGUGCCCGAUGUGAAAAUAACUGACUAUCAUCACAGCGCUCGUUUACUGCCAAUUUAUUGAAAAUAUCGGGAAUGUCGGCUGAUGUUGGUGGACGGAGGUACUGAGUAGCAGAGUACGAUAAUGUCGCUUUUGGAUUCGUUUCGCCACCGGUCCGCCGACGACGCAUCCCUCGGUAGGUAAUCGAAUCCGCGCGACCGCACCGAUAAUAACGCGUGCUCCACGACUACACGCAUAGUGAAACGUUUUAUCUAUCUGUACAAAGUAACGAGAGUAGUAUAAAAAUGCUAGAACAGUUUGAUAUUUUCACCACUUUGAAAAUGUGAAAAUAUCAGAACCCCCGUUUUUAUACUGCUAACGGAUGAUAAAUCGCCGCAUCGGUUUACCGUUUCGUCCGAGGACAUCUCGCCUUGUUUACAACACCUUCGUAGAAGUGGCCUAUCCAUUUCUUCAAUAUCUACGCGCGCGCCACGCCCCGGCGAUAACUGAUAAGGAUAACGAAUAACGGUACGCUACGCGCUCUAUCUGAAGAUACCAUCGUCGUCCACUACUCGCGGCCGGAGUUGGCACACAACUCGCCGCAGCUCGGAGAGUGUGGCAGACGGAAACGCACGGUUUGAAAAAUCAAAAUAAAAAAAUCAUCGCGCCGGAUUCUCGGAAUUUUUCCGCGCCGCGUUUGUGUGAACACUCCCCGCCGACGCGCCCGAUUUUCAUUCCGACCCCGGAAAACCUUUUUCGACGGUUAUAUUCACACGAGGCCGGGCGUUGACUAGUCGCGAGUUAAUUUCAACUUAUCAAACCGCGUUGUAUUUGUAAACAUAAUCGGACGUUUUCACAUUGCCCGGGACAAUCUAUCGUUUGUUUCUAUGAUAUCGGAACGCAAAUAAGAUUAAUACCCAUGUUUACGGAGGAUUUCGUAGUAUUUAUGUAGAUUAAAACUUAUCUGCCUUAUAAAUUGCAGUAAUGAAUUAUAGUUGCCGCAUUAUCAUAAUGGAUUUAUUUUCUUAGUAAUAAUAUUUGGGAAACCGGAAACAUUAAGUGUCCCGUAUAAAGACAUUAAUAGCCACGAGCCCACUUCGUAGCAUUCGAUUAUUGGCGAUUAAAUACGAUUAAUUUGAAUUACGACGCGUUUCGAUUUAUUUAUUUUUCAUAAUCGCCUACGAUAUUGGUAUAAUGAUAACAUACAUACCACGCAUGAGCGUGUACCUAAAGAGUUUUACAUUCUGAGCGAAGCGACUAAUUUGUAUUGGUUUUGCAAAACGGUGUUAGUAAUUUUUUUUUUUUUUUUCUCAUAUCUGUUAACGAGUUUUUUUACCACCAAUUUUACAACGAUUUUCGAGCGUAGUGCUUUUUCCGAAGGGAAACCAAAUUGGGGUGAUACUUCGGGGAGAUCGUUAAUUUCGAUUUCCCCAGCUGUUUUCAUAAUAAACGUGGACAUUCUUAAAUACGCUACGGCUUAAAUUGUACAAAGCAACACCAUUAACCGAACUCCGCUCAGAAUCGUUUUUCGUUAACAAUGGUUAAUCGCUGCGUAAAGAUUUAUAUUAAAUUUCCCCUCUGCCUUCCCAACGUUUCACCUACAACAGAUGUGUACAGUUUUAAAUUGAAACAUUUUAUUCGAAAGAUUUAAAGAUCUAAAACAAUUUUCUUUUGCGUUACAAUACGAGUAGGUACGAGCAGAAACAGGCACGCGAAAAACAGGCACACUGUUAAAAAUGAACCACCAAUUCGAUUUUAGUGAUUAUGUGUGGGUGGUUUUAACAAUUAUCAUAUGUCUAUAGAUUUACAGACAAAAUAAUAAAAAUUAAUAAUUAAAUUAGCAUCGAAUGCGAAUGGAAUGCGAAUUUAGCAUCCCAGCACUACUACAGCCCAACAGAUUUUGAAAACGCACGCCGCUAAAUAGGUGUAAUGUGCAUUUUUUUUUUGUCCCGCUGUCUAUAAACCCAACGACGGACAGUUGCUGCUACAGCAAUCGUUGCGUGUACUUUCGAGCCGUAACAUGACCGCGGCCACUGUAACGGCCGCGUAUGGUCUGAAAAUCGUAAAAUCACACGACUGUUGUAGCGCUCAUGUCCGUAAUGGAUUUAUCGUAUUUGUGAACGAUUGAGGGAGACGGAUCAAACGUCCAUUUACGACAUUCGCACUCGUCAGCGGCAAAAUGUCGGCUGUGUUCUAAAAACGUAUUCAAAAAAUACCGUAUUGCCGCGUUAUGUUUGGUUGAUAACGUGCGGUUUUCGAUCGUAACCGCGGAUAUAGAUAAUACACCGGAUAGCCAUCUACGCCGCGUAGCGUAAAUUCGCAAGCAUCAUGUAUGCCCCGGGCGACGCCGCUUUUCCGCCGUGUCGGUUGGGUGGGGGGGGGGACAUUGGGUUUCGUAAAUUUGCGAUCGUUGCGUCCGUUUACACACGGAUGAAUUUCAUCGUGAUUCGCGGACUCGAAAAUAUCGUCGAUAUUAAUUAACGUAACUGUCUGCUUUAUUAUUACGCAUGUUUCGGACAUAAUAAUAGCGAAAGAAAUGUAGUUGAACAAUCGAAUGGACUGGACACGUUGACGCUCCUUGGUUCAUUAUUUUAAAUAUCUAUUAUUGUACGGGAUUAUGUUUUGAGUACUUGAUUGUACUUCAUUUGGCUUUAUACCCGUGAAUUAAAUAACAUGUCACAAAAUAUGACCACUUGAACAGUAAUUUAGACACACUCGUCAUAACUAUUCAACAUUUUACAUGCACGUCAAUGUGAAUGUAUUGAUUAAAAACAGAACCAGUUUAAAAUAUUAUUUUGUCUGUUUAUGAUGAUACCAGCUGCAUAUCAGUGAUUUGUUUAUGCUGCCUUCAAACUGUACCUCGCGAUCUCUUAACUUUUUGCCGUAAAGUUUUAACAUUUUUUUCUUAAACCUGAUUCGAUCGGAGUUUCUUUAACUAUUUUCCAUUUUUUUUUUUUCAAUUAGUUCCACAAGACAACUUUUCGCUUGACUACAAACUAUUAAAAACAUUAUAUUAUUUAUUCGAAAUAAAUAAUUAAUAAAUGCUCGUUUCAUCAACCUAACGCACCAGAGUUAUAAGAUUUUAUGUUACUAGAUUUAAAAACCCCUCUUUUCGGGUUUCUUUUCGGAGAAAUUGCAAGUAACACAUUACAACUUGAUAUCUUAUUCACCGUAUAGUCCAGUGGAUCUGUGGCUGAAAUAAAAAAAAUAUUUUAAUUUUGUUUCAAGGAUUGUAUUAGCGAUGAUUUUCACUCAUUACGAUUAGUAUCACAUUCAACACAAGGUUUGUUAAAUCGACAAUAAUCAUGUUCAUGUUGAAUCGCGUCUAUAUUAAAUUUUUCUUGGCCAACAAAUAAAUUUGGGACUGCUGUUUCUUUAAGCCGUUUACUAUCUGGCCGUCGUACAAAAUAUUUGUCAGUGAAAUGAAUAUUACACGUCUUGUGAUAUGCUGGAAUACGAUUUUGUCUUUUUAUAGCAGUUGUUCAUUUUUCUUUAACUACAUUAUUAUUUGGAAAUCUAUACAAAAAUGAUUUGGUAAAAUAAUUUUUACACUACCGUAAAAUUAUAUAUAUAUAUAGAUGACUAUGUCGAAGCUACUGAUACAUACUUGAAAAAAACCAUUUUAUUACGACCAUAACGAUUAGCACAUCCAAGUACACAGCAAGUUAGUAGCAUUUUACCUACACUACUUACACUUUUGCAAACACAGAAUUAAAAUAUCAUAACAAAUGAGCAUAAUGUGCUCAUUUGUUUUUUUUUUUUCCUAAGGGUGUUGGAUAUAAUUUAUUUUUAGAUCAUAUUUAAAUCAGAUUUGUUUUCUUUUUUACGUGUUACUAACAAAUAUUGUUUAUUAUUGAUGAAUAAUUAUAAAUAAUUAUAAAUAAUUUUGUAUUUUUACACAAUCAUUUUGAUUAAUGAUUUGCGUGUAUAAUUUAUUUUUCAUUAUUAUAUGUUUUUAUGUAUAUAGGCAAUAAUUUAGUUUAUUACCUAUAUCUGUGGUAAUGUAUGACUUGAUUUGAAAUAGCCCCUGCGAAAUAAUAGAUUAGGUAUCACGUAGUGAUGAUAACACUGCAGAUCCUACAACAAACGUGACUUUUUUCGGUAUUUACUGUUAUCACUAGUUAGUAAUCUAGUUUAUUAUCUAUAUCUGUGUCGUAACUUAUCUUAUCUGUUGAAAAUACCAUAUUAUUCGUUAACCAAUACGUCCUAACAUAAUCACAGAUAUUAUAUACUAUAAUAUAAUAAUAAGUAGGAAAAACCCAGAAAACAAGGAUAAACGGGAAAAUAGGUACAAUAUUAAAGAAAAUAUAUUGGCUAACAGUGAUUUUUUCUCAAUAGCAGGAGCAACUGUUACUGCCACUAAAAAAGUAGCAGUGAAAAGAGCAGCGACUUCUAUCUCAUGCUUUUGAUCACUCUAAAAUAACACUGAUUUUUCACAUUAUCUGCAGUAUCACCUUUGAAAAAUCACUGUUACUGUUUCUUCAUGCCAUCACUAUUAUUAUGUCUGUUUAAUUAUUCUACCAUAAUAUGGCAUUUAAUAUAUUUUUGACAAAGCAACACUAUUAACCGACCUCCGCUCAGAAUUGUCUUUUCGAGACAUGUCCGUCUAUUUAUUUUUAUUGUUUUUGUAUCUUUAAUAUGAACAAAAAAUGCUCUAAAGCAUUUUUAUUCAAAACAAUUAUUAGUGAGUUAUAGAAUUGACGACGAUGUAAUUACAGCUAGAUGAUACGUGACUGCUAUUAUUAGCAGUCACGUCUGUCGAUGGGUUAACUUAUUAAUUUAAGGAAAGUUCAUGGUAUUUAUCGAUUUAAUUUUAAAUGUAAUUGAUGUAUUCUAAAUGUCUAUUAACUCGAGUUUUAAUUUAAUUAACAUCAAAAAAAAAGCAUACUUAACAAAGUUUUAGAUAAAAUAUCAGUAACCUGCCCAGCCAUGGUUUUUUGUAAUGAAAAAAAAAACACUAAUAAUAAAAAUCAGCUAGACAAAUAAAACCUAUAUCGAUACGCUAUAAUUUAUACGUACCACCCAUACAUAAUUUAUAAAUAGUAUCUGAAUGCUGUAAAAAAUAUGUUCGUGUAAAAAAAUUUAAAAUAUUCGCGGACAUUUCUGAUAAAUCCUUAUCAAAUGUGCCGGCGUAUAAUUUGUGGAAAACUGUUACGACCUCGGUUAAUGGCCGACCUCUACACCAUUAUUUAUUUACUUUACAUCAUGGUUUACACAUUGAAAUCGAAAACACUUUUAUCUAUUUAUUCGCGUUUUCAUUAUGCCAUUAUAAUACCUAUCCAAUUUCGGUGUAUAUUUAUGUCGUCAUAACGGUAUACAGUGGCGUACCAUUUUCGUACCAUUUUCGUACCAUUUUGAUAUUUUACUCGUACCAUUCGACCUAAUAACCUUUUUUUUUUUUAUUUGACUUAUCGACAAAUAAAAUCUACGCGUUAUUUUACAUGUGCGGUGCCUGUGAUAUUAUUAAAACCACAUAAUUAUCAUCAUUGAACAUAAAAAAGUAACAUACAUGCAUAAUGUACAGUUAUUAUUUAUAGAUUAAUGAACUGCAUUAUAACUAAUAGCUUUUUUUUUCCAACCCAUCGAAACGUUUUAUUGCGUACCACGGGUUGCUCGUCUCGAAAGUCGGGACAUUUGUAGGAAAUAAAUAUCAGAUAAAUGACUAAUCUCGUAAAAAAAAAAAAAUAUUGAUGCGAUAAUACGCCUUAUACGCAUUUGCCGGUCACUAAUUCGCGAGCUACAUGUAAACUCCUACAUAGUCCCUUUUUACUUGCUAAAAAUAUAUAAUGUAAUCUCCAACACAGAUCUUUUUAUAUUUUUGGAUCAGAGUGUACCGAAGAAUGUAUAUUGGUUUUUGUUUUGGUAAGCGUCAAUCAGGAAAACUGCUUCAAUAUCACUUUUCGAUAAUAAUGUCUUCGUGAUUAAUUGAAAAAUUGUCCAGCACAACGGUUAUUAAAAUGAAAAUAACCGUGAAAUUUAAAAACGAUAUUACGUAUACGAUAAUACGACCCAUAAUCAAGGUGGAUCCACCUUACCCACAAUGUUAUCGAGUACAUACAUUUAUCUGAUAAAAUAAAAACUCUUAUUGAUAUCUCGUAGCAUGUUAGUUAUUUAAAUAAAACGUUAUAUGUAUAUUAAUAUAUAAUGUCGUACAUAACGUUAUUACUGUAAAAGAAUUAAAAAUAAGCCGAUCAUAUGAAAAUAAAACAUUUGCGCUCAAAUAAUCAACAGAUUACACGCAGUACUGACAGUAGUUAAUGACUCAUUACAUAGGUUUAUUUGAAUAAGAUACUAUUUACUAUUAAAUAAUAUUUUACGUUUAAUACUAACCGUUUUGUUUUCGACGAAUAACAAUGUGGAAAAAUCUGAAAUUUAAGCACAAUUGCAUAUUUUGUGUACAUCCUACCAAUGUUUUAAUGAUAAUAAUAUGGCAAUCGGCUAUGUUUAGAACAAAAUAAAAUGUUCCCGUGAUAACAUAAUUUAUUAAAAGCGAUACCGCGGUGUUGCGAUCGGUAUUCGACAGGUACUAAACUUUGAUAAUAGCUGAUAUCGAUAAUUUGUGGUUUAUAAAUGAUUGAUAUUUAAUAGUACCUAACUUACUAGUGUUAAGGCAUUUCACUGACACCGUAUGGGCUGUGAAAUAUCUUAACGAUAUGAUUGGAUGAAUAAUACCAUAACCGUAAUUUGGGUAUCACUAUAACCGGCGUUACCGCUUGUUACCAUAAUGUUGAAAAUACUACUCGUGACCCUAAUAGUUUUAUUAUUAUUUAUCUUGUCAUGUUCGUACUUUUGUAUCGUUGUUGAUCUAAAAUAGCUGUUAAUAUUAUAAUUUGUCUUUUGUGUAAUUUUAAUUGCUCAUGAUACAUUUCCAUGUCUGUAUCAUAUUUUCGUUUGAGCAUAGCUACCGAGUAGUGACUAGUGGAUAUUCCAUAAAAAUAUAAUAUAAUUAUUAUUUUCGGACUUUGUAUUUCGAAUUAAUCACCUAUAUUUGUAUUUUAUUUUAUUUUUUUACCAAAGGUCCAAUUCGAGUAGGUAAUCGCAUAUUGCGGUGACUCGGUAAAAUAUCGUUAGAUAUUACACGGUCCACACGGUGUUGGUGGAAUGCCGUCUUUACAUUGCCUACAUGAAUGAUUUACAUUUGAAGUUUGAACAGUGUUUCUGUAAUACAAUAAAUAUUAUGUUCUCCGAGAUAAUAAUUUGUCUGCACGAGAAUUCGUGACGACGGGGACCCACCCGCCACCAAUUUUAUUUGUUGGACAAUAUUGUUCUACAUUUACAUUGGGUUUGGUGUCGCUGGAUUUAUCAAAAUAUUAUCAAAUAAUAACCGCAACAGAUGUAUGUGUUAUAUUAUAAUGUUCUAUGUGUAUUAUAUCUGUGGUGAUAACCUAAUAAUUCUAUAUUCUAUGAUGAUAACAAUAAUAAUGUGUUCCUUGGUGGUAUAUUGUUAUUAUUAUCAUCGUCGCCUCCCACGCACGUCGUGCAAUAGCGAUAUGUAAAAUACAAAUAAAUUCCUCAAAUUUAUAAUAUUAUAUUAAAUCGCAUUUGGAAAACUGAAAAUUAUGUCAUUUUAUAUUGUUGAUCAUUAUAAUAAUUUAGAAUUUAUACAUAAUUACAGUACGUUAGUUCUCAACUAAUUUGAGGUAUACAAAUAUUUUACAAGAAUACUUUAGUGAUAAAUUCUGAAUUAUCCAUAUUUUUCUACCUAGUAAUAUCAGCGUCGCCGCCGUUCGUUAAAAUUCUAUUUUUGUCAAUUAUAUAUCGCCAGCACUGUCAUUUAAGAAUUUUAAUACCAAACCUUGACAGUAUACCUAUUAUGUACUUUUUUCUAUGCGAGUGCCAGGAAAUCGUUUCUCCAGCACUAGUAUUACCAAACCAAAUUCGCAUCAGAUAUAACUUUUCGUCGACAUAGUAUUAUGCGGUGUGUCGCCUCUCACAUCGUCCUGUGUCGUCGAUCGUAUCUAAAAACUGUCACACAGUCAUAUUUGAUAACGUUUAAUUAUAUUGAAGUCUCUGGAGCGUAUUUAACAUAUGGUCCUUGGACCACCGGCGGUCCCUGAAACUUUGUGUGGCGGUUGAAAAAGUUAUUUAAGCACGUAAAGCAGCGGCGUACGCUCACCGGGGGAGGGGGGGCAAAAUAUAUUUUCACCCACUCUUAAAAUAGAAAAUUCCUUAAAAAAUUAACGUCACAGAUACAAUAAUUGUGUUAAUAGAUACGGGAAUUGGGCUCUUUUAUGUUUGUAAAACAUACAAUUUCAAUACAUGUAAUAAGACAUUUUUAUUUAAUUAAAUAUAAUACUAAGUCCAACCUCCUGUUUUUCGUGGGAAUAGAAUCUUUGAACGAUAUCCACUGGGUAUACUAUUACUACUAAUCGACCAUCCCGACAAGAGAACAUUUGCCAAACUCACCUAUUUGUUUUCCGCUCUCUUUCCUCCACCAUAAAAAAAAAAAAAAAAUAUAGUCAAAAUCGGAGUUUUUCCGUAUAAAGCAUAAUUAACGAGCCAAAACACGCGCUGCUGGCAUCGGGCUCUCCUUUUUGUUCGCUAACAAUCGCAUAGUAACGAGUUUUUGUUAAAGUGAUAUAAAUAAUGUCGAUAACAAAUACUAAUAUUACUGACGCGAACGUGUAAGACGCAACGGAUGUGAAUAGAAUAACUCAUUGUUAUCUGUUGAUCUAUACGUCUAUAAUAUGUUGUCUAUUGGUUUUAGUAAGAUAUGUGUGUGCUUCUUUUUUCUUUUUAUUUUUUUUUUAUGUGUAAACAACUUUUUGAAAAAAAACCUCGCCCUGGUGUACAGAGUGUAGCACCAUUUCUGAAAGGAAAUUUUCUCCAGCUGAUCCAUUGGAAUAUUUCAUUUUUUUUUUUUUUUAGUUUUCCGAGGGGUUUUCGAAAUAAUUGGGAAAAUUCCCGGAAGAAAAUUAUAGGUAAAACGGCAAAUGUUUUCUACCAGAAAUAUUGCUCCGAUUAAAAAAAAUGAAACGUAACAUUUUUUUUGUUGUAUUUUCAACCUAGUUGGUGACAAGUAACAAGUCAUUUUUUGAUUUUCUUUGUAGUUUUUUCAAAUAAUUGACCAAAACCGAGAAGUAUGUAGAAAGCACGGGAAAAUUUACAUAGAUAAUUUUUUUUUAAAUUUUAAAUUUUGUUUUUUUUAUGUAACUAAUUCAGUUAAAAAUAUUCGUAGACUUUAAAUUUUUGGCAAACAAAUUAUAUUUAACUUUUCUAAUCGCGGUACAAUUCUCAAAUCAUAUGACAUUUUAACUAUUUAUAGGCAUUUUUUGUUUGCGAUUUUUUUUUAUGUAAUUAUUAUUUGGUAGGUAAGUUUUUAAACUCUAAUGUUGAUAGUAUACGGCAUAUAAUGUAGUAUACUGUAUGGGGACACUACUGUAUAUACAUAAUUUAGAUAUUGUUUCUUGUUUUAUGAUGCGUUUUACUAUUUACUUAUUUUAACAUUAAAUUGAAAAAUAUUGAGAAGUAAAUUUCCUGUUUUAUUUGUUUCGUUUAGUUCAAAAUGGGAGACUGUUUUAGCUGUUGCGGCUCUUCAGAUAGGAUCGAACCAUCUUCGCCUGAUGCAAAGGUAUGUAAUAAUAUGUUGUAUACUCAUAGUUUUAACUAAAGUUCAAAAUUACUAUGCAAAUUAAAUAAACUAAUAUUUUGUAUAAAUAGCUAUUUAAUGUGUUUUAAAUUUUAAUUCCUAUUUGACCUAAAAAUAUUGGAAGUUUAAAAUAAAUUUGAUUUGAAAAAGAAAGUGCGUUCAUUGAUCAGAUAAUAAUUAUAUGCCAUAUACUGACUCAUAUAAAUUGAAACUUUUAUAGGUCUUCUAAAAUUAUAAAUUAGGUACCUCCAUACAUAUGCAUUUGUACUGUAUUGAUCACAUCUAUUACCUACUUUAUAAACGCUAUGUUAUGUGUACUUACUACCUAUCACUUUAGGUAAAAUAUUAAUAUUUACUUACAUUUAAGUAUUGCGCACACAAUAUUUGUUUUCUUUUCGAGUUCCAUUUAUUAACUAUGAAAACUAAUUAUUUUAAUUGUAAGGCAUAAAUUACAGUAUUAUUAGUAUAACAUACCGUUGCACUUCUUUAAAAGUUAUUAAAAACAUUUUUAGUAAAUAUCAACCAAUUAAAAAAAUACCUUUUUCAAAUUUUUCCAAUAACCAUAUAAGGUAAAAUACAUAUUUUAAAAAUUUAACUUUUAUGUAAUACAAUAAACAAGUCCAAUUUCUGUAUACCUAUAUCAUUAAACCAAAAAAAAAAUGAGGGAAUACAAUGCAAAUAAUUAUAAGUUUUAACACUAUACAUUAAUUAUAUUAUGAGUAUAAUAAAUUAGUAUACUAAAUAACUAUAUAGCUUAUAUUGUAUAUAUUUAUAAAAACUAAUUCAGUAAAUUGUAAUACAUAAAAAGUAAUCAUUUUUACAGUUAUUUUUACUAUUUGAUAAAUAACCUACAGUGGUUUAAAAUUUUACAGGCCAAUUUUAAGGGUCCUGUAAAAGGAAGAUCUUGUACAGAUGGUUCAUUUUUGGCUCUUUUCUUAUUUGUUUUAAUAUCUCUGGUAAGUUAUUUUUAGAUUUCAAAUUUUAUUAUCAAUCUUAAAAUGUAUAAACUUGUAAUUAAUUAUUCUUUUUAGUUUGGAUUAGUAAUAUAUUGUUCAAUAAAUGGUAAUGUUAAUCGUCUUUUUUACGGUUUUGAUCAAUGUGGAAACAUUUGUGGUUUUAAAAAUGAAAAACCCUCAGAUUCAAGGUUCUGUACUGGUGCUGAUAUGACAAAUAAACCGUAAGUUAGUUAACAUUGUAGGUAAACAUUAACAUUUAAACAUUUUUUAAUUUUUAAUACAUGUAAUUUUUAGAUACUUAAAAAUUGACGCUCCAGUUUAUAAAUUUGCUGAUUUAAAACAUGUAAAGCGAGAAUGUGUGAGCAAUUGUUCAGAUACAGUUGAUUUGUAUGUGUUAUAGUUAUAUAAAAGAUAAUUUAAUAUUUCAAUAAUACAAGGUGAUCAAUUUAUCGAAAGACAUUAAUUCACAUCUCAUUCAGAUCUUGGAAAGUGUAAAUGUUUUUUAGAAUUAGUAUUGUAGAAAAUUUAAGAAACAAGUAGCUCUACAAUUUUACAUUUGCAUUGUUUUUUGUCACCCGUAUUUUUUAGGGUUAAACAGCUACCUACGUUUAAUUUUAAAAUGACAACUUAUAAAAAAAAAAAAAAAAUUGUAAAUAGAUGAAGUAUUGAAGUAUGAAGUGAAACAAAUUUUGCUGUUGGAUUUUUUGAUUUCUGUCUAUCUAUUGAUAAGAUAUUCCAUUUUUAAAUUUGGUCAUAUAUGUGGUAGCAUGAUGCGUGGCAUUUUAAUUAUGCACCACUAUUCUACCCCAACCAAAACUUAAUUGUGGAAUCUUGUCAAUGGAUUAACAGAAAUCAAAAAUCUUAACACCAAAAUUUAUUUUAACUUAUACUCUAUCUAUUUAUAGAAUAUAGGUUGCUGUUUGAAAAUCAAAAUAGGUAGUGGUUUCACCCAAAAAAAUAAGAGUGAUAAAAAAUAACAUUAAUGUAGAGUUGUAGAGCUGCUUGUUUCUUAAAUGUUCUAUGUUUCUAUAAAAAAAAAUGCCAAAAAAAGUUAAUACUUUCAGAGAUAAUAAGUGUCUUACAAUAGAUUGAUCAGUUUGUAAAUUCAUUGUUCGGUUUAUUAUUUACUAUUUUAUCCUUUAUUGUUAUAGCCGAGAAUUUAUGCAUAGAUGUAUACCAAAAGGUGAUGAAACAACAUUAAAUAUUAUAUUAUCAAAUUCAUCUAUUGGCAGCCUUUUUCAAGUAAGUUAAAACCAUGUUGUAUAUUUAUUAUUUGAAAGUAUAAGUUUUGUUUAUUUUUUUAGAUUAACAUUUGUUUUAAUAGAACUAUUUUACAAUAAACUAAUAUAGGUGAUACAUUUAUUUUCAUAAUGUUCUUUGAAAUAUAGAAAAAUUUUAAACCUACAUUAUUGUAUACUAGUUGCCAUAUUUUCCUCAAGAAGACAAUCUAAAGUUCCAUAUUUUUAAAUUGUUUUUUUUUUUUAAAUUUCAAUAUAAUUAGGUACCUACUAUUAUAAUAAGAAUUAUAAAACAACUCAAAGUUACUAACAUAAAAGUUAAGUUUUCUUGAACUUGAAUAGUUGCCUAAGUACUAUUUAUUUACUUUAAAUAAUUGUUUUACCGUGGUUCUUAAUAAUAAUAAUUAAAAUAAUAAAUUAAAUAAAUAAUUUUAAAAUAUACUCGAACCCUGCUUUGAAAUUUGAAUGUGAUAUAUAAAAAAAAAAGAGCUGAUACUACUAAUGUAGAUGGAAAGUUGGAAAGGUAGGAUACAUAAAGUUAUUUAAUUUACAUCUGUAAUCAAUAAUAACAAAAUAUGAUUUCAAGCGAAGUUUGAUCAUACAUGUUUUGAAAUGUCUUAAUAUUUACAAUUUUCUCCAAAAAACUACUACUUUACGCACUUUUUUUCUACCGUUAAGUACAACAUAUAAUGUGUUAAAUUUUCAAGCAUUUAUGUAUGGCAAAAUAAUUUUAUCAACAUAGUACCUACCAAAAAAAAAAAAAACAUUUUAUUUAUGUAAAAGUACAUGUUCAUGUCUUCUAUAAAUACUUGUAAGUGCAUUACAAUUCUGAAAAUUAUCCUUUUAAACUACCUAAUAAAUCAUUAUUUGAGUUUUGUUACUUGUAAACUAAUAUGUGAACUAAUUUAUACAUAGUAUUGUUACUGUAAUUUUGUUACAUCAACAAAAUGGUUACAAUUAUUUUGUUUACUUUGUUUUUGAUUUUUUUUUUCUAAUUGCGUUAACAUUGUAAAUUUGAAGUGUAAUAAUUCCAAUUAAUUACAAAAAAUGAAUUAUUGUUUUCUUUAGGAAGUGACUCAAGAUUUACAACACACCAAGUGGGAUAUAAUAAAUCUUUGCAUAUUUGCUUUUAGUAAGUGUCUAAUGUUUUUCUGCAUAUUUAUAAAUAUGUAUAUAUAUAUAAAAAAACAAAAUUACAUUAGUUUCAAUUUAAUUAUAAUAAUAAAAUUAAUUGUCUUUUGAUAUAAUUUCCUUUUGUCCAAUAUUUAUGUAGAUUUGAUUAAUUUAAUCAGUAUAGUGACAAACAUCAUAUAGUGAUAAAACUACUGUUUAUUUCUGAAAAUAAUAGCAAAGUUAGAUUUUAAUUUUUGUGAUUUUUAUAAAUGUUUUAUAUUUGUAAAAUAUAAAUUUAUAACAUAUUUUUUGGAAAUAUAGUUUAAUUUAAUUUACAAACUGAAACAAUACUCAGUUUCCCUAAAAAUAUGAAAAUGUAUACACAGUGAUAUGAUAUUAACAUUAAUAUAGAUUAUUAAAUAAUAAUCAUUAUUAUUUUAAAUCUACCAUUUUAUUUUACAUUUAAGUCCCUUUCACAUAUAUCCGAUCCGUCAGAACAUGAAAUUAUGAACUUAUUGUUUUUCAAUGUAUAUAUUCACACACAUCCAUUCUGAGCAUUACGAGUUCUUUCCGAUCAACAAAAUUAUGUCGCCAACCAAUUUUUUUUGGUCUGAGCUAACACACAGAAUGCUAAAAGAAUUGAAAAUGUCUAAACAAGCAUUCAAUUUUAUUUUAGUUUUGACAGCGUUUCAUUUGAAGUUAGCAGCUUACAUUAUUAAUUUAUGGUACUCAAAUGACAAAUGCUCAUAAUUAUGAUUUUAAUUUUACCUCAUACUAAACAUCAAGCAAUUUUAUCUUGUAAAAAUUCAGAUACAUAUUCUUUUAGAGUUUAUUUCUUUCUCUCGAAGAAGUAUUGGGACAACCAUAAUUAAUUUGUCUUGGCUACAUUUAUUCAUAUUACUAGACUUACAGUUAUACAAAUUAGAAAACUCAACCUGGAUACUUCAAAUUUUGAAACUUAAACACGUCUACAAUAUACAACUUCAGAGUGCGUACUGAAUGCUACUAUAAAAAUCUAAAACACUAAAUCAGAUUGGAUUGGAUGUGUGUGAAAGGUCCUUUAAACAAUAUUAAUUUAUUACUUCCACAAAUAACUAAUUAUUAAUUAUAAUUCAUAGUUUAUUUUUAUAAAAUGUCUUUAAAUUUACAAGAAACAAUAUUUUGUACAAUUAUCAGUAAUAAAGUUAUUAUGGUUUUUAGAAUAUCAAAUUAUUGUAAAAAUUAGUGAAAAUAUAAUUUUUAUUAAAAAAUAAUGCUAAUAAUAUAUGAUUGGUAGAAUCAUUAGAUUAGGUUAAAGUAUUUUUAUUUUGUUCAAUUCAUAUUUUAUGAUUUUUUUUAUAUAAUAUGCACUUAAUUUUUGAAAUACUUAAAUUCAUGUUUUGUAAUUUGAUUACUUUCAGUCACAUCACUUGUCAUUGUGUUUUUGAUAAGAUUUGUAGCUGGCAUAGUUGUUUGGUUUGUACUUAUUGCUGUUGUUGUGGUCAGUUUUUCAGCAUCUAUUUUUCUAUGGUAAUAACACUUGUUCAAUACAAAUCUUAUAAUAUUAUUGUGAUAAUAAAAUUAAUAUGGAUAUUUUAUUAUAUGUGUAAAGGAUAACAUGGAAACAAAAAUCAAAUUAUGAAAUUAAAGACCAAAUUGUACAAAGAGAUGUAAAUACUUAUUUUGCAUUUGCAUUAAUUGCUACAAUAUCUACAGUAAGUAAUUAAUAUUUUAAGUAUAAAUGUUAUGUUAUUUACAAUACUGUUAUAUAAAUAUAUUUCAGGUGAUUAUUUUGUUAAUUAUUGUAGCAAUGAGAAAUCGUAUUGCUCUCGUUGUUCAAUUAUUCAAAGAAUCUGGCAAAGCUAUACAGAGCAUGCCACUAUUACUUGUACAACCGAUGGUGGUGAGUGUUUAUACAGGAUAUCCCAUGAAGAUAUACCCAUUGUCAAAGUUCAAAGAAAAAAGUGUACAGUCAAUUAUUCAUAAUAAUAAUCAAUUAGCUAAUGUGAAUACAGCCUGUUACAUAACAAUAGGUACUUUUUUCUAAAACUUUAAAAAUUAUCAAGUCACAAAUUUAAUGAUGAAACUUGAACAUUUUCAGAAGAAUAAACUAUUAAGUGAUUAUCUUCAAAUAAAUUGUUCAAAAAUAAUAAAAUAAACUUAUUUUUUUAAGUAUUCUAUCAAAUCAUAAGAAAUUAAUUAAAACAUAAAUAUUUGCAGUUUUAAUCCCUACAACUAAUAUACAAAAAAAAAAAACUGAAUUUGAUUAUUUUUAUUAUCUCAGGAGAUAUUGCAAUGGGUAUAUCUUUGUGGGACAUAAUGUAUUUUGAAAUAUUCUGUGAUAUUUAUUUAUAACUCAUGUACAUUUUAUUAUAUAAAUAAAAAAGAAUAAGUGUUUUAUUAUGUGUACUUUAGACAUUUAUUUUCCUUUGUGUCAUGAUUGUCACGUGGAGCUAUUUUGCUGUACUUAUUCAAGGAUCUGGAUUUCUAGCAAUCGAACCAGAAAGUCACAAUGUUUACUACAAAAAGGACCAGCUAAUGAAAUUCGCAAGAGUCUAUAAUUUGUUGGUACUACUUUGGGUUAUUGAAUUUAUCAUUGCUUGUCAGCAUAUGAUCAUUGCCGGCGCUGUGGCCACAUGGUUCUUCACUAGAAACAAAAACAAUGUAUCAUCUCCAAUUUCAACAUCUGUUGGUUAUUUGUUCAACUACCAUUUGGGUUCUGUAGCUCUAGGAUCGUUUAUUAUUACUGUUAUUCAGAUUAUAAGAGCUAUAUUAGAUUUUAUUGAUGAAUCCUUAAAAGAUUCUAAAAACGAAAUAGCUCAAGCAUUGUAUAAAAUGUUUAAAUGCUUGUUUAGUUGCAUCCAACAAUUUGUACAAUAUUUGACAAGAAAUGCUUACAUUGAAGUUGGUAAGAAAUAUAUUUAAUAUAUAUUAAUUGUUGUAUUGUAUACUAUACAAUUUAAUUUUUUUUUUUUUUUUAGCUAUUUACGGUGACAACUUCUGUAGAUCGGGACAACUAGCUUUCAAAAAUAUAACUUCGAAUGUACUUCGUGUUGCUGCCAUUAAUUCUGUUGGAGAUUUUGUACUGUUUUUGGGAAAAGUAUUAGUAGUUACAUCAACUGUCUUACUAGGUUUUAAAAUACUCGAGGUAUUUUUAUUUUUAAUUAUUAAAUUCACAUUUUAAAUAAACCUAAUGGCUACCUGUCUGCAGAAAUUUCCAAUACAAUGAAGUGUAGAAAUAAUCAACUUUAUCAUAUUAAUAAUUAUUGUUUAUAUAUUAUAGAACAAACCUGGAGUACUUCACUUGUGGGUUCCGUUAAGUGUUGCUGGAAUUUUCGCAUAUUUUGUUGCUCAUUGUUUUAUUUCCGUGUAUGAGGUGAGAUAUUUUCCAUAUUAUACAUUUAUACAGGGCGAUUUACUUAACUGGAAAUACUUAAUAUCUCAGAAAAUAUUAACUUUUUUCAAAUUUUUUUUUCUUGAAAACUUAAAAAUUCAAAUAGUUCUAAAAUGUUGCUUUAUCAUUUUUUUUUGUACCCCUUAUUUAUGAGGGUGGAAUAACUGCUUAAUUUUGAUUUUAAAAUGUAAUCCCCAAAAAUAAGGGGUACAAAAAAAAUGAUAACUUAACAUUUCGGAACUAUUUGAUUCUUAAGUUUUCAAAAAAAAUGUAUACUAUCCGAGAUAAUGAGUGUUUCCAGUUGAGUGAAUCACCCCAUAUAUAUUUUUUUUAUAUAACCACAUUAUUUUUUCAAUUAAUGCUUAAAUUAAUUUAGAUGGUGAUUGACACAAUAUUUAUGUGUUUCUGUGAAGAUUGUAACUUAAACGACGGUGUCACUCAAGAAUACUUUAUGAGUAAAGAACUUAUGGUGAGUUACUAAAAUUUAAUUUUUCAAUAAAAGACCACUCUAGUAUAAGUUCAUUAUGCUCAUACUUCUUGUCAUAGAGAAGUUAUGGUCGGAUUUCUUAUUAUUAAAAUAGUAGAACAUAUUCAUAACAACUGGAAUUGUCUUAAUGAAAGUAAUAAAAAAAAUAAUGAAUAAAUUAAUGUUUUAUGUAAUUCGUUUUUAAAAGGAUUUUGUUGAGAGCAGUCAAAAAGUGUUGAGAAUUGGUGAUGGAGCAGCAAAUUAA